AUGUGGGCAUUAGUUGUCAAGGGACUAUUUAGUGGUUGGAGGCAGUUCUGCUUACAUAUGUCUGAUGCCGAAUAUAUUGCUGACGGACCUUUAACUGACAUAGUCGGAGCAGAUUGGGGAGACGAUACAUUACCUUUCGAACUUAUUUUGGUCAAACCCGAUUCUCUUCCUGAUCCAGAACCUCAACCUGUUGGUGGUCAGCGGUGUUUUGAAGUCCCAGCUUCAGAUUUUUUUGACAGUGUUUGUUGGAAUGAACUUGACCUAGAUAAUCUUCUUACACGUUUGAAUCCUCCGCUUACCUUUCAUUCAUCACUACCAUAG